AUGGGUCCCUCGGAUAUGAGCAUACCGCGCGCAUCAGCGCCGAACCACCACGCGACCCGGCAGUCGCCCUCACAACCUGGCCAAAGAGAGACGACGACGGCACCGAACAUUGUUCAGACCUCCACUGCCAUUGCAAAUCUCCCUCUCACCGACCCGAGCCCCUUCGCGAGCCCAAAGCCUGACAUGCCGAGUCUGAGCCAUACUGCCGUUGCUCAUCAUCGGCGCCGCACUUCAACGGUUCAGCAGGAUAUCACGCAGAGCUGGCCGGUACGCUUCGAACACGAAGUCGAUACAACGAGAGAUGUACAUGCGCCUCUGGCUGUGCGUCUCGGUCUCGUUGAGCCAGCUCAGGUCUUGCCGUACCUAUCUCCCGAGCUCUUUGCCGGUGUUCAUGCCGGUGCGGAGCCUUGCAAAAUCACAAAGACCCAAAGACAGGAGAGCCAGUACGUGCAUCGGAAGUUGCACGGCUACUACCUUUUGACACCUCCUCCUCGCGGAAAAGACCGAGCCGAAAUCUCCCUUUCAAGCAGGCCGUCCUCGCCUGAGCCGGCCUCACGCAGCUCGCCUUUGAACCCUGGAGCAAGCACGCACAAAUCCAGCGGCGUGGUCAAUGCGGCCUCCCGACCUGCGCCAACACCGAUAACAUCGCCUUCAUUGGCUAUCUCACUCGCCUCGCCCCGCUCUUCGGGGAUUGACCUGCAGUCGGAGAGCAGUAGCGUAAAAUCUGGACUCAUCGCUCCAACAACCGGGAAGAUUCGGCCGGGGACAGCAGACUCGGGCUCAUCGAUGGGCAGUUCGGACAGCGGACUCCACAAGACUGCGAGGUCGCACGCUCGCGAUGGCAAGUCGAGCAGGGGCAGCUCUUCUUCUGAAUUCGAGCCUCAUCAAGAGCUAUGGUCGCUAGAUGAUUAUUUCAUGAAGCGGAGGAGUCGUACAGGUGGGCGGAUCUGCGCGGAACGCUAUCAUGCGUACCAGCCCACCAAGCUGCCAUGGAGGUUCAGCUAUAACGCGGACUCCACCAUUACGUGAGCUCCAGUAUGAAUCACCGGGAUAUGAAGCUGGCGCCAUACUGACGCAUUCUUGCUACUCUUGCAGUCAAGAGCUCUGGCAUCAUAUUGCGCACGAGGUGGUGGGCAAGCACCUCUUGUCAGAGUUUCCGGGCGACAUCAUGCCCAAAAGGGUACUGGAUGUUGGCUGUGGUCCAGGAAUAUGGAUCGCUGAUGUUGCCAAGCAGCCGGGAUGGGAAGUGAGUGACGUAUGCGAUGGGCGAAGGAAAGGAUACUGCUCACGCUCGAUUUGCGGUGCCGGAAUAUAUUCAGCAUUCAGAGUUUGUUGGCCUGGAUGCAGUGCCUUGUCAGACGCUCCUAUUGGAUCCAGAUCUCGCUAGACGCGUCUCAUGGGUCGUGUCCAACGCUCUAGACGGCCUGAAGGAGUUCCCAGAGGCUAGCUUUGACUUUGUCCACUGUCGCUUUCUAGUGAGUCGCACUCUCUCGAGAGCUUGGGUCCGAAAACGACCGUGAGGCUGACAGAAGCGUGCAUCCCAGGGAAACAAUUCUAUCCCAGAAGAUUCUUGGCCCGACCUCAUCGCUGCCAUGACCAGAGUACUUGCUCCAGGCGGCAGGCUCGAAAUCCUCGAAGCAGACGUAGCAUUUUAUGGGACUCCUCACCGCAUCCCUGCCCACGAGUUGUGAGUCGAUGUGGCUCAAGCUGUGCUGCUCGCCUUGCGAAAAGUAUUGUGCUAAGCAUGCGAGUCUGCGAUGACUGCAGGAAGGAGCUUGCGGCGGGCGUUGGCAACGUUGCCCUGCGAGUGAACAUCAAGAAUGGACGUCAUGGCGAAGAAUUUGAUCCGCUCGAGAGGGUUUGUUUGCGGGCAUUGGAGCAGCGAGGAAUCAGCUUCAGUCCUCUUGCCCAACUUCCGGCAAUUCUGAUGCUCGAGCACGACCUGAUGGAUGUGAGGUGUGGAAACCCUCGAGUGUUACCCUUGAUGGCGGAGCCCGGCUUUGUCCUGGGUGGCCCAAAGCCUCGACAACCAUCGCCAAGUUCGACUCCGACUGCCGACCUUAGAGCACAGGAUCGUCCGGAUUCGCCCCGAGCUGCGGACGACCCUCCCUCGGCGCCCACUUCUCCCAGCUUGGGCCUUCCGGAACCCAAUCGAAAUCCAGCAUAUACCAAUCGAGCGCCGGUAGGCACUCCCUUGAGAGGCUCAACAUUCCGCAUGCCAGACCUCGAACUCAUACGCUGCAUGAUGCUCAUAAGCGAAGUGCACCUAUACACUGGCUCUCGAAACAUCUUGUGGCAAGAGGCGGAAGCGGACAAAAAGGCGGCCUCUCGACCCGCCUCGCGAUACGGGGCGAAUGGUGACUCGGGCGAGCCUUAUGCUCAUCCUUGGUCUGACGAAGCGGCAUUCCAUCGCACAAUUGAUCGAUGGGUGGCAGACAUUACGAACCGAGCCGCAGUGAGGGGUCUCCUCAAAAAGACUUUGGGUUGGGAUAGCAAUGCCGCACAAGCCAGGGCGAAGGAGACGGACCAAACUUCGAGCGCAGAUGCUAGCAAUGGCCCGUCACCUCCGACAGCCUCCUCUGCAGCAGAUCCUUGGAGCUCGAGCUACAGCAGAUCCUCGGCCAAAGAAGUGGCCCCUUCAACGAGUCAACGUCCUCAAUCUCUGAACAGCGCGCAAAACGCAGAGAAUGCUGCGCAGCUGCACAAGAUGCAUCGAGAACGCCGAAACAGUCACAAGACUACAUCUUCGCGUCCCACCUCGCCCAGGUUCUCGGAUUAUGGAGACCGCACCGCAGAGAGCAAAUCGUCUGCUCACAGACAAAGGGAGAGCUUGCCUCCCACACCCCGCAUACCGAAGAUACCGCUGCUGGGUGUCAAACGAACGACGGGAUUCACUGCGAUACGUAAACCGACCAAGGCAGCUUCCUAA